AUGGAUCAGAAGAUUCCCUAUGAUGACUACCAGUUGCCAGUGGUCUUCCUGCCCUCUUAUGAGAACCCACCAGCCUGGGUUCCUCCUCAAGAGCGAGUCCACCACCCCGACUACAACAACGAGCUGACCCAGUUCCUCCCUCGCACCGUGGUCUUGAAGAAACCUCCGGGAGCGCAGCUGGGCUUCAACAUUCGCGGCGGCAAGGCCUCACAGCUGGGAAUCUUCAUAUCCAAGGUGGUUCCGGACUCUGACGCCCACCGAGCAGGACUACAGGAAGGAGACCAAGUUCUUUCGGUCAACGAGGUGGAUUUCCAAGACAUAGAACAUUCCAGAGCUGUGGAUAUUCUAAAGACUGCACGAGAAAUCCUGAUGAGGGUCCGCUUCUUCCCUUACAACUACCAGAGGCAGAAGGAGAGGACUGUCCACUAGGUGGCAUUAGAGAAACAAGGAAGAAGGACUGAGGCAGGGACUGUGACUCAUAAAGGUGACUCAUAAAGGUCCUCAGCGUCGUCUUAAUAACGCUAACUCAGUUUCGAGAGAGCAGUAAAUGCAGCUCAUUUGCAUCUAUGAAUACAAAUGAAUCUAUGUAGUCAAAGAACGUCACUUUAACAAAGCUUUUAAGUGGAAGAAGUUAGAAUUUUUCAACUAGCUCAUAUGAGCGGAAAUACCUGAUAAUCUAUGUAGAAAUGCUUGUGUGUGAAAUGUAAAUAUUAUGGUCAUGUGCACACAAAAAUAGAUUAAAAAAUAGCUUUCUGUGAAAGUGAACUAAUCCAAUAUAUCAAGCGCAUUGCUCUUCUACAUGCAAUUUUUACUUAUUGUUAAUAGAUGACAGCCUUAUGACAUUAUUGUCAAUAUUUAUGAAUUGUCAUGUUUGAUUUGAUUGAUGGGCGACCGGUUAGCACAUCUGUCUCACAGUUCUGAUGACCGGGGUUCAAAUCCCGGCACCGCCUGUGUGGAGUUUGCAUGUUCUCCCGUGCCUGCGUGGGUUUUCUCCGGGUACUCCGGUUUCCUCCCACAUCCCAAAAACAUGUGAGGUAGGUUAAUUGAAGACUCUAAAUUGCCUGUAGUUGUGAAUGUGAAUGGUUGUUUGUUUAUCUGUGCCCUGCGAUUGGCUGGUGACCAGUUCAGGGUGUACCCUGCCUGUUGCCUGAAGAUAGCUGGGAUAAGCUCCAGCCCGCCCACGACCCUAGCGGUACGGGAAAUGGAUGGAUGGAUGGAUUUGAUUGAUAUUGUAAAGUGUAGAGUAUUUUUACCAGAUUCAAUCAUGCUGUUGCUGUACCACCAUUUCUUGCUUGAUCCUGUCUUUACUUUCUUUUUGUCACUGUCAUGAUUUUACCUUGUUAUAUUACACUUAAAAAUAAAAAUGAAAUCGUUUUUUUUUUCA